AUGGGCAAAAACCAUGGUCCUCUGCGUCCAUUCGUUCAGAGUUUUGUUCUGGCUCCGCAAUCAGAAAAGAAAUAUUACGUCCAUAGCGACAUUUUUCAAUAUCUGGACGACUUGCCAGAACCUAAGGGACCACCUGCUAACCAAGAAGAGGAAACUGUCGCUACUGCUGAUGGCGCUGCUUCUGCCCACCAGGAAGCUGUCCCGCAAGUAGUUCAGCAGCAAAAGGCCGAUGUUGUUCCUACAUCUAUGUCAAACGGUGUUGCUCAUACGGAGGAAAUGCAACGCGUCAACAACGUGCCGAGCCAAAACGACUUUCAACGUUUUCAAAAUAAUAUGCAACCGAUGUCGCAACGCGUAAUUCGGAGCACCACUGCUGAAGAAAUUACAUCCUCGACUGAACCGCCUUCUAACUUCGCAACCAGCGUUAACGAAACUUGGACGAAUAUGAAUGCCAACACAAUUCCGUGUGUUCCGAUGCAGUCUAUGAACAGUACCGUUUGUGGGGAAGGCGAAUGUCAACUGCAGCCGUCAGAAGUUGUGCUAGAUGUGACAGCGGCGCCUAGACGGUCUCCUUCGACUGAUAAGUUAAGCACACAGUCGGAAGAUCAUGUAGAAAACAUCCCGAGUGGACCGACUACUUGGGCGGGGGUUGCCAAAAAGCCGUUGAGAUCAGCCGGGCAGCCGACCAUGCAGCAAGUUGUUCCAACCGUUACCACUCCUGCCGUUGUUGCGUCUAAUCAAACAUCUCCUAAGCCGGAAUCUAACAGACCGCAGUCAAAUCGAUCAUCUGCCGGUAAUGUACCCCCACGGAUGUCGAACGUGGGUGCUCCUCGAAUGGCGCGGCAGAACUAUGUAUUGGAUAUGUUUCCUAACGAACAGCAGAUUUUUGUCGGCAAUUUGCCGGCAGAUAUUACUCCGGAAGAGCUGCACAAGUGUUUUACAGUUAGGAUUCGACCAAAAGAUUAUGCGGCUUCGUAUCGGCAGUAUCCUGCUUGCGCAUUCGUCGUAUUCGAUUCACCGGAGACGGUGCUAAAGGUUUUGGAAGUGGGAGACGUAUACAUCCGCGAGAAGCACAAGGUGAACGUCGAGGCUAAGAAGCCGUCCGAGGACGUUCGCAGCAUGCGGGGCGGCGCCAGAGGUGGUGGCCAUCGCUUCGACCAAGAUCGUGGCGGGUUUUCUGGUGGCAUGGGUUCACGCGGCGGCGGCAUGGGAGGUAGAGGUGGAAGUGGAGGCGGUCCCGGUAGUAGGGGUAUGUCGAGAGGUUCGGCGAGUGGUGGUGGGCGAAGUGGUCGCACUAUUUAUCCAACUGGUCGGUCGCAGCAGCAGGCACAACAGCAACAGCAGAACCAGUGA